AUGGGGCGCUAUAACAGAUUUUUUACUUUAAUUUUAGCGCAUCCUCUUCUCUUACGACUCAAGGAUCCUCAGCGCCUACUUCAACGGGGCUGUGUUUAUCAUCCUUCUAUACCCGCAUCCUCGACAUCGUCAAAAUCAGGAACUCCCGCCAUGCAAAUUCAUGCGAUCAUCCACUCUCUUUGGACUCGCAAAGGCCAUCCUGCUCCAACUUCUAUGGGCACCUUCUCCUCUUCUCCUAACUUUUUAUCCUCAUCAUCGUCUACUUCCGAAGCAAUCGGCAUAGGUUGUAUGGAGUCUAAGGUGUCGACAAUUCGGACACUAAAUGCAUCAUCUACCAACCCCCCCACCAAUGGUUUAGGUGCCAUCUAUUCAUCUCAUUCCACUACCAAAUCCUCCUCCACCAGCAGUAUCACUUCCACUUCAUCCACAGGAAAGAGACGAGCAUCAGACAACGAACUCCUUGAUCAGUCACUUGAUUCACUUUCUGCCAAAAAGUUGAAGAGUAGUCUUGCUGUAUCUUCACCUCUUUGCUCGGCACUCUUUGAAUACCCUGAUCUUGAGCAGCCGAUUCGCGAUGCGACUACUGCCGAGAUAAAAUCCAACUCCAAACAACCUAGUGGCAAAAGCAUCACUACGAUUGGGGAGAAUGAGGAAGAGGAAUACGACGGGGAGGCCCUAGAAGUGGAUUCUUCUCUUACUGCAGUUGGGAAAAUUGCAUCCCACAGAAUUCAGACUGAUGCGACCACGGGCACAGUUAAAGGGACAAAAGAGGUUCCACGAGGAAAGCAGAGUGAAGAGGAACUACCGUCCACAAUCCCGCCAACAGCGGCAAUGACAGGCGCUACCGAUAGGGCUGUUGGUGUCUUUCUCCCUAAUGGUGGAGAUCUACUCGGUCUUGCUACGAGUGAAGUCUUCAAAAGGAAUAAAACGAUCACUGCCUCAGCAGCAACAGGGGACACGAAAAAGGAUAUUUUUGCAGGAGAGAGACUGGACGAAGUAGUUAAGGCAGAGGUUGCAAGCGAAGAGGUGCACGGGCAGGACGAGCAGAAAGAAGAGUUAGCGACACGAGAUGAACUUGGCGGAGGUGAAUUUGAUGAAUCAGAGGCCGAAUGCUCACCGGGUGAAUUAAAGAUCUGCGAUGCUUUCUCAUCCAAACCCGGCGCCGGUGAUGACAGUAUUCGGACUGCUCUGUCAAGUCAGGAGUCUGAAUCAGUGCAACUGGCUUCAUCGGAAAUGGUUGUGGCUGGGACAACGCUACGAAAAAAAUUAUUGCCCUUGCCUGCAACACAGUCGAGUAAGCCGUGUGUAGCAAGUACAAUCUCCACUGGUCAGGAUGCUGUAUUGAUUGUAGAAGAGGAGGUAAUGGGAAUUGGGCUGCCGUCGCCUGGGAAAUCAAGACCGGCUAAGUGCUCCGCUGCCAAUGGCUGUGUCUAA